AUGGACGCCCCAGAGCAGCAGCCGGACCCCGAUGGUGGGGACGGCCUGGGCCGCGAGCCCGGGGGCAGCUCCCAGGACGAGCUGGACUUCUCCAUCCUCUUCGACUAUGAUUAUGACUAUUUACUCCAAGAAGAACCGAAUGCACAUAAGGUGGACAGCCCAUCCCCUGGACUCGCAUACCAGGAUGCUCUCCCGGACUAUGGCCCCAAGCCACACAGCUCCCUCUCGGAUCUCGUGGGGGAGCCCCAAUUCGGAGAGCCGGAUAGGGUGGGGUCCCAGACUUUUCUGAGCGCGGUCAAGCCUGCAGGCACUUUGAGCAUGAGCCCUCGCAUCGAGAUCACUCCGUCCCACGAACUCAAUCAGGCAGGGGGGUCCCUCGGAGGGAGAGACACCGGUCUGCUGGGGGGCCAGCUGCCCCCGGGCUUCACGCUGCCUGUGCCGGGCUUGGAGAGCUACCGCGAGCCACCUUGCUUGAGCCCCGCUAGCAGCGGCUCCUCUGCCAGCUUCAUUUCCGACUCCUUCUCCCCCUACACGUCGCCCUGCGUCUCGCCCAAUAACGGCGGGCCCGAUGACCUGUGUCCCCAGUUUCAAAACAUCCCUGCUCAUUAUUCCCCCAGAACCUCGCCAAUAAUGUCACCUCGAGCCAGCCUAGCUGAGGACAGCUGCCUGGGCCACCACUCGCCCGUGCCCCGUUCGGCCUCCCGUUCCUCGUCGCCUGGUGCCAAGCGGAGGCAUUCGUGCGCCGGGGCCCUGGCCGCCCCGCUGCCCGGAGCCUCGCCCCAGCGUUCCCGCAGCCCCUCGCCGCAGCCCCGAGACCCGGGCCCCUCUGCCGGCUACCCCACCACGGCGGGCUCCAGCGUGAUCAUGGACGCGCUCAGCAGCCUGGCCGCCGACUCCUGCGGGAUCCCCAACAAGAUGUGGAAGACCAGCUCGGAGCGGGCCCCAGGCCCCACCGGGCCUGCCAAGGCCGGCUUGCCCCAUCACCUCUACCCAGCCGUGGAGUUCCUGGGGCCCUGUGAGCAGCAGGAGGAGAGGAGGAAUUCAGCCCCCGAGUCCAUUGUGCUGGUGGCACCCACUUGGCCGAAGCAGCUGGCACCACCGUCCUUUUCCAUCUGCAGUGUCCCAGUGACUGCAUCUCUACCACCACUGGAGUGGCCUCUGUCCCAGCAGUCGGGGUCCUACGAGCUGCGCAUCGAAGUACAGCCCCGACCUCACCACCGGGCCCACUACGAGACUGAAGGCAGUCGGGGGGCUGUGAAGGCGCCCACAGGUGGCCACCCUGUGGUUCAGCUCCAUGGCUACAUGGAAAACAAGCCACUGGGGCUGCAGAUUUUUAUUGGGACGGCUGAUGAGCGGAUCCUGAAGCCACACGCCUUUUACCAAGUACACCGGAUCACAGGCAAAACUGUCACUACCACCAGCUAUGAGAAGAUUGUGGGCAACACCAAAGUCCUGGAGAUCCCUCUGGAGCCAAAAAACAACAUGCGGGCGACCAUUGACUGCGCAGGGAUCCUGAAGCUGCGGAAUGCUGACAUUGAGCUGCGGAAGGGGGAGACGGACAUCGGGAGGAAGAACACGCGGGUGCGGCUGGUCUUCCGGGUGCAUAUCCCUGAGGCCAGCGGGAGGGUCGUCUCCUUGCAGGCUGCCUCCAACCCAAUCGAGUGCUCCCAGCGAUCAGCCCACGAGCUGCCCAUGGUGGAGAGACAAGACAUCGACAGCUGUGUGGUGUACGGGGGCCAACAGAUGAUCCUCACCGGGCAGAACUUCACAGCCGAGUCCAAAGUUGUGUUCACCGAGAAGACCACAGAUGGGCAGCAGAUCUGGGAGGUGGAGGCCACGGUGGACAAAGACAAGAGCCAACCUAACAUGCUUUUUGUGGAGAUUCCUGAGUAUCGGAAUAAACACAUUCACACGGCAGUGAAGGUGAGCUUCUAUGUCAUCAAUGGGAAGAGAAAACGAAGCCAGCCCCAGCAUUUUACCUAUCAGCCAGUACCAGCCAUCAAGACGGAGCCCAGUGAUGAAUACGACCCCACCCUGAUUUGCGCCCCAGCACAUGGGGGCCUGGGGAGCCAGCCCUACUACCCCCAGCACCCCAUGGUGGCCGAGUCCCCAUCCUGCCUUGUGGCCACCAUGGCUCCCUGCCAGCAGUUCCGCUCGGGCCUCUCAUCUCCUGACGCCCGCUACCAGCAGCAAAACCCCGCGGCUGUCCUGUACCAGCGGAGCAAGAGCCUGAGCCCCAGCCUGCUGGGCUAUCAACAGCCGACCCUGAUGGCCGCGCCCCUAUCCCUCGGGGACCCUCACCGCUCUGUGCUGGUGCACACGGGCGCCCAGGGCCAGGGCUCAGGCCUGCUCCACUCCUCAACCCCAGCCCAGCAGGCCUCGCCUGUGAUUCACUACUCGCCCACCCACCAGCAGUUGCGCUGUGGCAGCCAAGAGUUCCAGCACAUCAUGUACUGCGAGAAUUUCGGCCCGGGUGCUGCCAGGCCCGGCCCACCACCCUCUGUUGCUCCAGGGCAGCGACUAAGCCCUGGCUCAUACCCCACGGUCAUUCAGCAGCAAAACGCGGGCAGCCCAAGAGCAGCCAAAAAUGGACCCCCGGUCAGUGACCAAAAGGAAGUAUUACCUGCAGGGGUGACCAUUAAGCAGGAGCAGAACUUGGACCAGACCUACCUGGAUGACGAGCUGAUAGAUACACACCUUAGCUGGAUACAAAACAUAUUAUGAAACAGAAUGACAGUGGUCUUUGAUCCGAGAAAUCAAAGUGAAAGUUAAUGAAAUUAUCAGGAAGGAGUUUUCAGGACCUCCCACCCGAAAUCAGACGUAGAAGCAGUUAUUAGCCAGACACCUGCUCCCGGACCUUGGCACCACGCACGACUCCCAAAU